AUGAUCGCGGACGCGGAACCACAGGAGCCCGAAUAUGAUCCUGCCGUUGGUGUUAUCUUAAGACCUGAAUUGGAAGUAGCUGUGGCUGACUUUCCUGAGCCCGACGAGCUAGCCUUGACACUGGAAGCUCUGGACCUCCGUGAACCAAGUGGCCGACUAACUCUCGCGAACCGGAAGGUGGACGUGCGUGGCAAAUCUAUCAAGCUUCCGGGUGGACUUUGGUACCAGAAAGCUGAUGGAAGCGAAAUCACUCUAAAGGCAGGGGAAGGGAAACUCCUUGAUCUUCCUGAGGCGCAGCGCCAAUACAUGGAUGCCCAUAAGGGUCACUUGUUGAAGACUUUGAUGAGGAUGUACGCUUUGCAGGCGGAGAGCUUCUUUGGUGUUUUCACCACUGAAGAUGGUGCUAAGGCGGUGAAAAAGCUCAAAGAAUUGGUCUUCGACCAAUUGAACCGCAACAAGCUGUUUGAAGGGGGUUUUUUGGCGGCGAUAAAAAAGAAUCUCACGCGCAUGUUCAACGCUGUUCGCAACCACUCUAUCCGCAACAAUUUGGUCAUCUUCCGCAUCAACGGAGAGCCAACUACCCUCUUGGUGCGCGAACUUCGCAAGGUGCGUUUUUUUGUCCCGCUUGAAGGUGAAAUCGUUGAGAUCACUGAGGAACCGGCGAAAGACGAGCCCGUUGCUCCGAUCGCCGACCCUGCUCCACCAGCCAACGAAGAAGGUCUUGCAGGUUGGCAAAUCGCUUUGAUAGUGGUGCUUCCGACUUUGGCUGUCAUCGCGGCAGCUAUUGGAAUCUACU